AUGUCUACCUCCCCCCGGAGCAGCCGCGCGGGGUCACCGACCGGUACUUCUCCUACUCGUCGGCGCCAGUCAACGAGCACCGUACCCCAUGGGUUCCGUGCGCCUCCCAGGCCGCGUCAGACACCCAUAGGACAAAUGUCCGUUCGUGAGUUACGCGAGGCCCACGAACGCAACGCUAAGAUCCUUACCGCACCAACACCAUCAUCAUCUACGUAUGUUCAGCGCAUCUCGGCCGAGCAGGCUCGCAUUGAGGCACGCCUAGUUGAGCUCGUCGGAGUGGACGAGAUCAGGCGCGGACUCCAGAACACGACCAUCGACAGUGAAGGCAAGAUGAGCGUCGACUCACAGUCGCAAUCUACUAUGCCCCGCGCCAUCGGGGCAAAGCAACGAGCAUUAGCGCGAUAUGCCCCCCAACCAUCCCAAAGUCAUGUCAAUCCAAGCGAUAGCAUGUUCACACUACAAGAAGCCAUUGAGAUCGAACGCGAAGCGCACCAGUUGGAACUCCAACGACAACGCGAUAUCAUCGACAAGAAACGGCGGCAAGGCAUCCCAAUACCGGGCGAAGUCCUGAGCCGGAAAGAGCAAGAAGCCCGAAUUUGGGCGUUCAUGAACCACAAGCCGACCGACUCCGAUCUCGAAGACGAUUCGGACGAGGAUGACGAUCCCUCGACCUGGUGGGACGAGGACGACAAUCAAGAUGGCAUCAAGGGGCAGCAGAUUGUCGAGCCCGACGAAGUUUUCUCGGACGUGAUCCGUAUCGAUACCACCCGCAUACCAUAUAAUACGCUAUACGAAUCCGAGUCGUAG